AUGGAGCGCAUUAAGGAGAAAAUGAAUGCGCUGCAGCUAAAGGCGGAAGAAGCUAGCAGCCAGACAGAAGAGCUCAAAGUCAAAGUCAAGGCACUCGAGCAAGAGAACCUUGCCAAGGAGCAGGAGAUUACGUCGCUGCAGCACAAGAACAACUUGCUUGAGAGCGAGGUGGAGAAGCUCGAAACCGCCAUCAAGGACUUCAAGAAGGCUGCAGACGAAGGUCAACAACACGGCACUCAGAAUGAGACCCUCCAGCGACGACUCCAACUCCUCGAGGAGGAGGCCGAAGAUGCAGACAAGACCCUGAGGGAGACCAACGAGAAGCUUCGGCAGACCGACGUCAAGGCCGGACAUUUCGAGCGCAAGGUCCAGGCCCUUGAACAGGAGCGUGAUCAAUGGGAGCAGAAGUACGAAGAAAUGGCAAAGAAGCACACAACCCUCCAAAAGGAAUUGGAGGAUCUUCAACAAGAAAUUGGCAAUAUUUGA